AUGGAUGUUGUAGCUGCCAGAAGUAUGCUUACUCCUGAUUAUGUGGAGUGGCGAAGGUUAAGGAAAAAUGACAAUAUUCCGUUGAUUUUUGGAGAAGCAAACAUGAGAAAUGAGAGAGGAGGGUCGUCGUCUUCAAGUAAAGGCAAGAAAAAGAGUAAUUCAGAGAAGUCUAGGCCACCCCGGAGAGGGCUUGGUGUUGAUCAAUUGGAGAGGAUUUUACACGGAAAAAUGGCUUCUCCUUAUGGAACUUACCCUGGAGAUUUCAACCACGAAGAUAUGAGGGGGCAGAAAGCUUAUUCAUCUCUUUCAUAUUCAUCAACUUCCUUGGCUUCUUAUGGUUUCCACUCCAGCAAGAUGAUGGGGCACUGCAAACAUAAUCAAAGUAUCAUAUAUGCUGAUUCCUUACCUACAACUACAACAAGUUGGAACACCAGAAAUGGCAUAUUAGACGGUCAAAAUUUUGCACAACCGAACCAGACCCGACAACUUCUAAAUCUACACGUACAGGAUUCAAAACCAACAAAGAUCAAGCAGAGAAGCAACUCGGUGGAACCCAGCAGUCAGAAUUCUGAAUCAGGUGAUGCACGACAACUAGAUUUGGAGCUCAGACUGUCAUUGUAA